AUGAUGCCAGACGAGCAUGCCAGCCUUCAAUCAGAAGAUUGGACCCAUCUUGACGAAUACGACUCCGAAGAAGACCUCUCAACCAGCCAACUCCCUUCUUUCGACAUCGGCCUCUUCAAGACCGGUGAUGCAGGCAGCCACUUCCGCACUGAGAACGACCCCUCAGAUCCCUGGCAACGAGCCAACAUCAUUGAACGCAAGGGCGCCGUUGACAUCCGCUGCUCGUGUCUCGAUGUAGUCCAUGGCGAUUUCUCUGCUUCCAGCGACCUUUUCGCCACCCUAAUCGUGUUACAAUUCCGCUUCGAUCCGCGUAAAGUGGCAAGAAGAUUUCAGUCUGUCAAUAUCGAGCUAGAAUUCAAGGGCAUGGAGAUCAAAGAGACCGGGCCAGAAGUCUUUGCAAUCGCCCCCAAUGGAAGGAUGAGUUUGGUGCCAACAACACAGCAUGAAGAUACGAAGCGAAAUCUGAAUUUGCAAUUAGGGGGAGCAGCGCCCAUUGGGGGAUUGACGGCAACAGGAACGGUAGGCUGGGAAAAAUCUUUGAGUAGAGAUACGAAAGAUCAAACGACCGUGACAGGAUCCAUUGAUCUGAAGGGGAGGAACUACGGGCCUUCGAACUGUGUAUCCUGGACUCUGCUGGAGAACAAGACUACUGAAACAGGGGUUCCCGCGUUGAUGCAGACGGCGAUACUUCUAAAGCGGAAGCAUGAAAACCCUUUUCAAUGCGUGGUCAAGAUUGACGCUAAGGUCGAUUUCUGGAGUACUACUGAGCGAGUAUUUGGGCUCAAGGGGAGGGCACCAAGAGACGAUCCUGUCUUGUUCGAUCCUAGUUUCCCCUCGACGUCAAAAUUGCGGAAAUACAAUGAGAAGGAAUUGGGGUCAUUUGAGAUGGAGAGCGUGUGCGACGUGACCUUCAUGACUACCCUUGACGAUGUCAUGAAGACUAAAACCCAGUAA